AGAGCAGGCCCGGUUGAAAGCUGGCGUGGUUGAGGAGGACACCGAGGAGUGGCAGAAAGCUGCGGGUUUUGCAGGACUGGAGAGAGUAGGAGGUGUGGACUUGUCUUAUAUCAAAGGAGACGACGCCAGCGCCUGCGCUUCCCUGGUCGUGCUCAGCUACCCGGCUCUUGAGGUGCUGUACGAGGAUUGCCGGAUGGUGGCUGUGAGUGCCCCGUACGUGGCGGGAUUCUUGGCCUUCCGAGAGGUCCCGUUCCUGGUACUUCUUGUAGAUGGGAAUGGCCUGCUCCAUCCCAGAGGAUUCGGUGUGGCCUGUCACCUCGGCGUCCUGACGGAUAUACCUUGCGUUGGAGUGGCCAAGAACCUCCUGCAGGUGGAUGGCUUGGUCAGGGAUGAGCUGCACAGAGAGCAGAUUCGUUCCCUGCAGAGGGAGGGAGUCCUGCGGAGCCACAACAACACCUCUAGGCCGCUGUACGUCUCCGUGGGCCACAGGGUGUGCCUGGAGACAGCCGUGCGCCUGGUCAGGUCCUGCUGCAGGUACCGCAUCCCGGAGCCCAUCCGUCAGGCUGAUAUCAGAUCAAGGGAGUAUAUUCGGAAGCAGCUGUGUUCACCACUGGAGGUCAUCCCUUCUGGGCCAGAGAG